CGGUGCUCUCCCCUCUCACCCCCCCCACUCCUCCUCCUCCUCUCACUCGACUUUUGUAAACUCUCGCCGCCAAAGCUCGCGAGAGGACAUGUCCGCGGCUGUAGCGUCCAGAGAGGAUUCACAUUGAAUGUAUUGAAACAGACUGUAAGGGACACGAUUUUAAGUGGUUAGUAGUGAGGUAUUUGAACACAAUGGAACACUUGGGAACAGUAGAGCCAGAAGAUGAUUCGGGAUUAUUACCACGCCUAGCACCUAGUCCACACAGUGAGGCAGUUGCUCAUGAAUUUCAGGAACUCUCCUUGCAACCCAUCCAAUGUUUGCCUCCCCUCAAUGAAAGGAAGAACGUACUUCAGCUAAGGCUACAGCAAAGGCGGACAAGAGAACAGCUGGUGGAUCAGGGAAUCAUGCCACCUUUGAAGAGCCCAGCUGCAUUCCAUGAGCAGAUAAAGAGCUUGGAAAGAGCCAGGACUGAAAAUUUUCUGAAGCACAAGAUACGCAGUAGACCUGAUAGAUCAGAGUUGGUCAGAAUGCACAUUCUUGAAGAGACCUUUGCGGAACCCUCUCUACAAGCAACUCAGAUGAAACUGAAAAGAGCACGAUUGGCAGAUGAUCUGAAUGAAAAGAUUGCUCAGAGGCCUGGUCCUAUGGAACUUGUAGAAAAAAACAUCCUUCCUGUAGACUCCAGUGUCAAAGAAGCAAUUAUAGCGGUUGGUCAGGAGAACUAUCCUCAAGGAUUAGAUGAAUCCUUUGAUGAAGACAGCAGUGAUGCUUUAUCUCCAGAUCAACCUGCUAGUCAGGAAUCCCAGGGCUCGGCAGCAUCCCCUGGUGAGCUCAAAACAAGAGAGGCACCAUCUCCAGUCUUGCCAACCCCCACUACUAAUCAGUAUCCCACAUUAACACCAUCACUACCUGAAUUUCUGAAGCUGCCUGUCACUGAUCAGCACACUACACGCUCUGCAGCUGCUGCUUCUCUUACCCCAAAUACUGUGUUGGCAACAAAACUCAGCAGUGGGCCAACACUAAUAAAGCAACCCCACUCCAAGAACCCAAGUGACAAACCUCGGAGCAAGAAAAGCAAAGAACCAAAGCCCAGAGUUAAGAAACUGAAGUACCAUCAGUACAUCCCACCUGAUCAGAAAGGUGAGAAGAAUGAGCCACAGAUGGACUCCAACUAUGCUCGCUUGCUGCAAGAACAACAGCUUUUUUUGCAACUGCAGAUCCUGAGCCAACAGCAGCAGCACUACAACUACCAGACGAUUCUUCCUGCACCACUCAAGCCAGUGAGUGACAAACAGAGCAACACUGGGAAUAUACCACUGAAUACUUUGAGCAAUAGCACAUCUUCUGCAGCAGCCAGCACUCCGAGACAGAACAAUAAUAUUUCCAACAGAAAACCUGGGCCCCUGCCUCCUAGCUUGGAUGAUUUAAAGGUAGCUGAACUGAAAAUGGAGCUCAAGAUAAGAGGAUUGCCAGUGUCUGGAACUAAAAUGGAUCUUAUUGAGCGUUUGAAACCCUAUCAGGAUCUUAACAAUAAUUCUAUCAAUGCUAGUCAUACAGCGGCAGUUGCUCCUUCCACUAAUUGUACCAGCCAGCCUGGAGAAAUAACUGCCGUAUUCCCUGUUGCUACAUUAAACAAGCCAAUAGCUAGCUCAGUUUCCAGCUUUUCUUCAGAAACAACAUCUGGUGGAACUGGCAGCAAAUCAACACCUAUGGAAUGCAUCAACUCCCCUUUGCCCAUUUCCCCGUCUCCUUCAGAGCCGUCCAGUCUCAGCACGGAUGACACUAACAUGGCAGAUACUUUGACGGAAAUCAUGACCGUGAUGUCUCCAUCACAGUUCCCAAAUGCAUCACCUCCUCUUCGAGCUACCACAAAUGAGGACAGUCACAGCAGUGGAAGCAUGUUCAGCAUGGAGCUUGAUGCAGCAGAAAAGGACCGUAAGCUUCAGGAAAAAGAGAAGCAGAUUGAAGAGCUCAAAAGAAAACUGGAGCAAGAGCAGAAACUCGUGGAAGUGCUGAAAAUGCAACUUGAAGUUGAAAAGCGGGUUCAGCAGCAGCAACCCCAAGCCUCAGCUAAUAUUACACUGACUUUGAACCAGAAGCAUAUUGGUCAUGAUGUCAAAGAGGAAGGCACUUUAGCAGAUUGCUCUGAUGCAAAACAACCUGUAUCUGAAGCCAACCAUUCUUUAGGACAGCCAGUAUCAGUGGAUGUCCAGAACCUAGUUGCCAAAAAGGCUGUUGUUAUCAAACAGGAGGUACCUUUGGCCAAAGCUGAACCACAAAAUGUCAUAUCUCAGUUUUAUGUAAGUUCGCAGAGACAGCCACAAACUGCUGUUGUUACCCAGCCUCAAGCUCUACUUACUGCACAAGGAACAGCACAGCUGCUACUGCCACUCUCUCUCCAGGGUCCAAAUUCUGCCACUUCAAUGCAACUACCUGUGGGCAGUAUCCAGGUACAGGCCCAGCCACAGUCUGGCAUUCCAGCCAUGGCACAAGUAUCUACUUCUGCUUUGUCCCAGAAAGUACCACAGAUGCACUCUUCAGCAUCCAAAGAAAAUGCUUCCCCACAGCAUGUGCUUGGUCACACCCCACAAAACAGACAGAUAUUUCCUCCUACCUCACCAAAUACAGUAUUUUCCUAUCAGAAUCAGUCUGUGACAACUCUACAGCAACCUUUGUUUAGUCAGACAGCAAAUACCACUGUUCACUCAGGGAACCAGGUGCCCUUGGUGCAAAAUGGACCCAGUGCUCCUCAGAAGCUGGCCUCCCAGUCUCAACCCCAACAGUACAUUUUGCAGCAAUCUUUGUUCAGCAAUUCAAUAACUAAGGCAAAAGACCCUCCACGCUAUGAAGAAGCCAUCAAACAGACCCGCAGUUUGCAGGCUUCUCAACGAGAGAUUUCCAGUGUUCACAGCCAGCAAAUGGAUGACCUCUUUGAUAUUCUCAUUAAAAGCGGAGAGAUUUCUCUGCCUACCAAGGAAGAACCUUCUCUGAUUUCCAAAAUGAGACCCGUUACUGCCAAUAUCACCACAAUGCCAGUGAACACAGUGGUGUCUCGUCCGCCACCACAAGUCCAAAUGGCCCCUCCUCUCUCCUUAGAACCAACAAGCAAUUUCUCUGUAUCUCUGGAGAACCAGCUAGAAGCCCUCUUGGAAGGAACUCUGCCUUCAGGAAAUGGAAUGCCUCAUCUGGCAAGCAGUAGUGAGGACAGAGAGUCUUUCUCUCUAAUUGAGGACCUUCAAAAUGACCUCCUUAACCACUCUGGCAUAUUAGAUCACUCGCAGUCACCUAUGGAAACAACAGAUUCUCAAUUCACUGCUUCUAAUUCCUGUUUAUCUCUUGAUCUUCCGGACACAAAUUUAGACAACAUGGAGUGGCUAGACAUUACCAUGCCAAAUGCUUCUUCAGGAUUAACUCCUCUCAGCUCAACUGCCCCAAGUAUGUUUUCAACAGAUUUUCUUGACCCACAAGAUCUACAGUUGCACUGGGAUUAACUAAAAAGGCACAGCCUACUUGACCACGGUUUUUAAAGAUCCAUUUACAAUAUAGGUCCAUUAUUUCACUUUCCUUGUUUUCAGGGUAAUCUUGAAAAUUAUCUUUAGGGUGUAAAAACAAAA